AUGGCGGCUAUCGUUCCAAGGGUACUCAGGCUGCAAAUAUGUACUUUGACGAGACCCGCGGGGGCGUUUCUUGUGCCAAAUGUGGGCUGCCAGGGUCAGCAGCACAGCAGGGGGUACCCAACUUCAAAACAUUACGACAUGAAGUGGAGACUUCUCCGGAAGAAAAAAGUGUUCAAGAUUGACCUGCCGAAAUUUGUGGAGCUGAAGUCAGAGAAACCAAAAGAAAAGAAAACAACAGACGAACUUCGAAUGGAGAUGAAGAAAGAGGGAAGACUUCCACCUCGGAUAUUUCAGUAUCUACCACUCAACAUAUCCAGCACACUAACUAUCAUCGAUCCGUUCAAGCCACAAGAAGGAGAUGGGAAACAGUCGUUUCUGUCUACAGCUAAACUGUCUGACACGGUUUCACGUAUGAUCAAAGGAACGAAGUCCAUGAAGCACCUGCGUAAAUUGAAGAAAUAUGAAGACUUUGUGGAGUCUGACUUUGCAGUAGAGGCCCAGAAAAUUGUCACAGAGGCCCAGUCUUUGUUGGGAGAUAUUUACAAGAAUCAGGACAGGCUCCAUGAACUGGUUACAGAAAAAGCAUUUCCGGAAAUGGUGCAUGGCCUUGAGAACAAGACCAUGCACUGGCAACUGGUUGAAACCGUGGAGCCUGCCAGAGUGGUGCAGGUUCGCACCGAGACCAUGAUCACGUCAGAUAACCUGUUUUGCCAGGUCACGGUGCGCCUGCACACCAAACAGAUCCUGGCAAUUUAUGACCGAUUUGGCCGCCUCAUGUACGGUGACCCACUUCUACCCAAGUCUGCAGUGGAGUAUGUGGUUAUGGAGAAGUGGAUCUCCGACACCAACGGACGGUGGCGGAUCCAUGGCAAGAUCGUCCCAGAGUGGAUGUCACCUCGAGACAGUUUGAUAAAAACCUACAAAGUUCCAGUGUUUGACCCUCUGCCUCCUGCAGACUCACCAGAGGACAAGAAGACAGAGAAGAAAGUUGAUGAGGAGGAAGAUACUGAUGAUGAUGGGGGUGAUGAUAAUAAGAGAAAGGGGAGUCCUCAAGUUGCACUUGCAUGA